AUGGCAGCAGCACCACCUUCUCUGUUCCUGUUCUUCCUCCUCCUCACAACCCUCGUGUGUAUCAACACUACCGGAGUCGAAGGAGCCACAACAACUUGGUGCGUGGCGAGGAGUGAUGCUAGCAACCAGGCUCUCCAGACUGCCUUGGACUAUGCAUGUGCCUCCGGCGCCGACUGCGUUCCAAUCCAGUCCGAUGGGCUGUGUUACCUCCCUAACACUAUCCAAGCUCACACCUCGUACGCUUUCAACAGUUACUACCAGCGCAAGGCUAUGGCUCCUGGCUCCUGUGACUUCUCCGGCACCGCCACCGUUGCCCAGACCGAUCCCAGUUAUGGAUCUUGUGUAUACCCUUCUUCUGUAAGCACGGCCGGAGGCACAAGUACUACACCAAACACAACUCCGACCACAACUACAACCAUUCCAAGUCCACCAACGACGACAACGACGAAUCCGACCUUUGGCAAUGGCGUGGUGGGUGGACUCACUCCAGUAACAACUCCGGCUGUCCCCGAUGAUUCAAAAGCAGCAUCCCUUCAAUUCAUGCUUCCAACAUUGAUUUCUGUCUCCUUUAUUUUUUACAUGUUCUUUUAGUUACCUUGACUAAAACCCAUCUAGGAUUGGUUAGUUUUAAAUUUUUACUAAUCAGAGGAAGAACAGCAUUGGAGGCAUUAUGGAAGAAGAGGUUACACAUUUUUGUUAGAGGUUGGAAUCUUCUUUGUACAACUCCAUCUAGCUCAUUAAGCUAAGCCUCAUGGUAAUGAUCUGAACCUGCUAGGCCUCGAUCUCAAAAUCAAAUCAAUUCAAUAGUUCAAUUGUGAACCUUGCAGGUCCCAAAUUCAAUCGUAUUACUGUUAUGUUUAAGACAUUGACUUGCAUAAUGGAA